GCAUGCGCGACUCCCCGCUGACGACGUCAGUGAAGCUGCGUUGCCUCCACGUGGGCCGAGAUUGGCCAAAUUGGCCUCGUCCAGGCUUCCCACCUUCCCGUUGUGACAUCGCCAUAAAACGGCUAUCAACACUAGCACCUCCACCACCGCCACAUCUUCUGUCAAACUGUCAACAUCGCAACCCCUCCACCUCUUACUCAAAUACCUCUGGAAAGCCAUUUGUCUCUACUCAUUCUCGUUCUUUCUCACAUAUACCCGAAAUGAAUGACUUGUUGCCAAAAAACGAUGUUCCCAAGGUGGGCGUGAACGAUGCAAUUGCUGCGUUGCCCACCUACAAGUCCCUCAGCUCCUUCGUCAAGACUGAUGGCACAACCGAUAAGAAGGCACUCGAAAACACCGUCGACGAAUUCAAGGACCUGGCAAAGAAGUCCGAGUCGCAGAUCGAGGAUUUCCUCUGGGACACGUACAACGCCAUCUUCGCCGUCGCCAAGCAGACCCCUCCAGAGAAGCAGACCCCGCUCGUCGAUUUCCUGCAACGGCUGCGCGAGACAACAGUCACAGCCUCGGAUGGUCAACCCUUGAAAUUGAACAACCAAGUCGUCUGGAAGGAUCUUCCCACCUUUGGAUGGGUUGCCCGUGAUCUGUGGAACUUUGACACCACCGACACUUCCGCAUCAGCAGAGGAAAAGGCAAGCUGGACAAAUCUCUCCGCCUUCGCCGCCCAGCUCACCGCCCGCGCCGACCUUACCAACUCCCAGGACCCCUUUGAUUUCUCCCUCUACGCUCUCUGGGCACUCCGUGACGCCUUCGAGGUAGACUCUGCUGCGGCGAGCGCCGAAACGCAUGAUAUUGCUACAAGGCUGGCUUACCAGUGGCUUAAAGACGCCCCGGUUGCCAUCCAUGAUCUGAGCGUCAAGGGGCGCGAUUUUGACGGCAAGUCGGGCAAGCCGGGGAGCAAAUUUGCGGACCGCGACUGGAGGGGGAUGAAUGAGGCGCGGUAUGGCGUCUGGGCGGACAGCAUUACGUCGAUAUCGGAGACGGCUUCUGAUGAGAAGCAACGCGCCCUCGCCAAGGAGGCUGCCGCAAAGAUGAAGACCAAAUAGGGGC